CCUCGAAUCCCCGUGGACGACUCCAACACAAAGAUGAAGCAAAUGAAGCGCAUCAAACUCGACCCGAACAUCUUUAAUGCCGCUGUUCUCUCAGACGAGAUGAAUCUCGAUAUUGCCACUGGCAUUGUCGAGUCCCAUCUCGCCUCUGCAGCGGUCGACAAGCAGCAUAUGUUGGUUCAAUUCCUUGAUCAGAGAGGAAUGUUCGAAUACCUUACCUCAGUAUUAUCCGAACCGUCCUACCGUCGCCUGGCAGAAACGGCCCUCGCCACCGUCCCCACGGCUGCGAAGGAGUUUGAGAGAUCUUUCGCAUACACUCUGUUGAAGCGCCUCUCGAACUACUUCGGUGCCCUUUCGCUGUUACCCGACAUGGACGAACGUGGGCGCGCCGUCGAAUCUGCAGCGCAGGUCUUGGAGUCACUCGCAAUUCGAUAUAACGCCUUGAAGUCCGUGGCGGCCGAGCCGAAUGACGCGAAGGCCAAGGGCAAGGCGAGACGCAUGUCACAUAGUGCGAGAAAGAAAGUGAAGGCCGCCGCCCGAAUACCCGCUGUGGACGAGACGGCCUUCGCCAAGAUUGGUAGGGACGUACCAAACGACAAGGAAGAAGCCCAGGCUCUCGUGCGGGAAAUCCUUGAAGAGCAACAGAACACUCUCAAGUUUUAUCUGGAGACCCUCCGGAAGCCGGCAUUCGCCGCAAUCAUCAAGAACUCAUAUGUCCAGGAAGUCCCUGCUAUUCCUGAUGCUACUUCGGGAAAUGGACUGGGCCAGGCGACGGUAUUACAUGCUCAUACUUUCGAAGCUACAGCGGCGAUGAGAGAUGCUCUCAGUCUCGAAAGCGCUGAUGGAUUUGGACCAUGGCGCGUGUUCAUAUCACAAGAUGUUGAGAAAUACCUGAGGAUUAACGGGAGGAGGAACCCACUAUUGCACGACGUCGUUAUGAAGAAAUUAAUGGAGCUCUCUUGUGGGCUCUUCUCCCCCGAUAACCAGAAGCGUUUGGACGGGUCUGAGUGCGAUAUGCCCAUUUACGAGGCAAAAAUGACCAGCGACACAAGGCUUGUUUACCGGAUAGCUUGCGUGCAAGAGAUUGAGUCAGAGGCGAAGCAUAGUUAUACGCUGUAUCUAACCUGCUCGGUAGUCCUUUGGGUAUACGGGGUAUACACGCAUACACAACUUCGCGGCCGCCGCUUCUGGGACACAAUGUCUCGGAAGGUCUCUGGCGCUGGCAGCGAAUACCGACAGAGGUGUAAGCCACGCCGAGGCUAUGGUGGCUCCGCUGUCAUGCCAAUGUCAUGGCCUCCUACCAAGGAGACGGCCAAGAGCGAGCAUGUCGACCUCCCGGAUUUGAGCGUCAAGGACAAAGAGGAGCUGCAGGCUCUGCUGGUAUUGUCCCGAAACUUACCACCAUCGGCUACAGUUCAAGAAAAUUUGCAGCCUUCACACAAAACCUCCUACUCACCAUCAUCCACGACGAAGACGCGGCCCCCCUGUUCCAGCUAUCGUGAGCUUACUCUCUGCUAUCUUUCUGGGCACCUUGGUCAACGGUAUGGGUCGCUGAUGUUUACAGACAAGAAGAACAGGCUAUUGUUUUACAUCCAGGGUCAUGCUUUGUUCUCGGCCGGAGCGGGACAGGCUUACAAAGUUUGGCGAUACAGAAAGACGACGACAAUGAUAAUCAAAAUGGUCGGCAACGAACGCAUGUGGCGCAGCCACCAGCAUACUGGAGCAAUGUCUCGCCCUCGGCAGGUUUUCCUGACCCAAUCAGCCAUUUUGGCAGAAAAGGUACAGGAAUACUACCGAAAGCUGACCGCUUUCUUUGAAGCCAGAGACGUCGUAUCCGAAGGCUCCGAGAAGGUGUUGUCGACUUACGGAAAGAACCAGCCGUCGGGGUUGUACGACCGCGACGAAGAAGAUGAAUACCGCGAGGAUCUGCCAAAGAAGUUCUCGGAGCUGAAAGAUAAGCAUUUCCCGCUCUUCGUCACAUAUCAUCGGCUUUGUCGCCUGCUCGAAGAAGAUCUGGCCGAGGACGACAGGGACAUCCGCCGACGGACGCGUGCAACUUACGGAGAUGGCGGUGAUGACCAGGCAACAUCCAAUGACUACAUGCAGCAACAACGUAAAUCGUUCGUCUCCUACGCCACUUUUCUCGAGUCGUAUUGGAAGCACUUCCCCGAGGGGCUUACAAAGAAGCUCGAUCCCUUCUCAAUUUUCGCGGACUUCAUGGGUGUCAUAAAGGGCUCAGAGCAAGCUCUGAGAAACAAGAGUGGCUGCCUUGACCGAAUCACAUACACUGGUGGAUCGCCGGACAGCUCUAGGGAUGCCAUCUACAAUCUAUUUGAGUUGUACACGAGGAAGAAGACGUCAAGAUCGGAAUACGAUGCAGCUGACCGAACCCGAGCCAUACUGCAAAGCUUAAGAAAAGACGGCGUGCCUGGUACGAAACUCGACUACGUAUAUGUCGACGAAGUGCAAGACAACUUGCUGAUCGAUACCAAGAUACUGCGUACCAUAUGCAGGCGUCCGGAGGGGAUGUUUUGGGCUGGCGAUACGGCUCAAACCAUCAGCGCAGGAAGUUCCUUCCAGUUCAAUGAGCUGAAGGCCUUCCAAUUCCGACUUGAGAAUGAGACAAACGUCCAUAAUCCUAUGUACUCCCAGUUGAGCCGCAACUUCCGAUCCCACUCCGGCAUCGUGCAAGCUGCGCAGACCGUCCUUGAACCUAUCUCGCAGCUCUGGCCACACACGAUCGACAUACUCGAGGAAGAGAAGGGUAUGAUUGAAGGCCCAAAGCCCCUCUUCAUUGGAGGGGUCGGUAAUCUCAAGGCACCGCACUUCGAGCAGUUUAUGCAUGAUGCCGACAACACCGCAAUUGAGUUCGGGCACCAGCAAUGCGUUCUGGUGCGGACUGAUGCAGCACGCGAGCAGCUCCGCAAUGCGUUCGGCGAUGUCGGAAUCGUGCUCACGAUCCACGAAAGCAAGGGACUAGAGUUCGAGGACGUCCUGCUUUACAAUUUCUUUGCCGACUCCACAAUCAGCGCCUCCCAAUGGCGAGUCCUCCUGAGAUGUCUCCCAAGUCAAGCCUGUCCGGCAUAUGAUGAAAUGAAACAUCGUGGAGUGUGUUUUGAGCAUUUGUCACUCAUGGUAGCUGAAGUAUCUCUUCUCUGGUCGCACAAGCAGCAGAUUGACAUCUGGAUUCCCGGCACUGAGGUUCCCCGCUUAUCGCAGUCCUCCUCUCAGGAGGAGUGGGCAAUUACGGCAGAAAGUCUCUUCCAUAAGAAGCACUACAAAGAAUCUAUGCUGGCCUAUGGACGGGCCGGCCACGAUUUUUUGGUCCCGCACGCUAUAGCAGAGGCAUUCUAUCUCAGAGAGAUGGCGCAGAAGCAGGCGGUCAGCCCUCACAAGAAAGAAUCGGACUCCGUGGCAGCCUUCACAAGGGCAGCGAAGGCAUUCCAUCGCGUCGCCGAGAACGUCAAGACGGAUCACAAGAAGUAUCAUCGAAGGGCGGCUCAAUGCUACGCCCGCGCUAAUGACAACGCCAGUGCGGCCGCAUGCUGCGAGUUAGCCGAGCUCUACACGGUCGCGGCCAAAUACCAUCGUCUAGCUGGGUCCUUUGACGAUGCCGUCAGGGUUGUCAAGACCUUCGAGGUGGAGUCAUCCGUGGCCCAGAACAUCGUCGAUGUUUCCGCACUGUUCUACAUGAAAGGUGGUCAAUUAUCCAAAGCAACGGAGUUGUUGGGCUCCACUGAAGAAGUCUUGGACCAUGCCGACAUGUACGGUAUGGACGUUGCGAAGGCGGCGCUGCUUGAGCAGUGCGGACAGUACGCCGAGGCCUCUGCUUUGCAUUUGGAGAACAGUGACCUGCCCAACGCUGUUCGUCUGUGUUUACAUGCGCCACUAGAUCGAGAAUGCGUUGAGCGAGUCGCGGCGCGUCUCAUGGACGAGUUCUGGAACUUUGCGGCCUUGGUCGAUGGUCCUUUUGAUGCAGAACAUGCACGGUUCAAGACAUUGAACUCCUUGAUCUCAAAACUACUCGAGGGCUGCGUUCAUGCUGAGCAGCGGAUGGAGCUCUCACUGCUACCGGCUCUAGCUUCUGGCGACAAGGCCCGACUGGCACAGCUCGGCCUCAACCUGCUUCACGCUAACUUUCGCGCGGCUGCUUUCAUGUGCCUGGACCAAGCAUUCCUGGGAUCAUUACAGAUCGAGACGGCGUCUCCAUCUACAGUUCAAAGCCAUUUGAAUCGAUUCUUCCCGUACAUCAAAGCGCUCGAGGCUCUCAUCUUUGCGCCGGAUCCCGCCAAUAAUGUCAUCCUCCACAAACUCCUGGGUUUUCGCCCUGCAGAUGAUGGCAAGUAUCAAGUCCGCAGCGACUCGCUUCUGUACAAGACGUUCACGAUCCAGACUCUUGCUCGACGUGAAGGGAAUGCUGCCUUUGUGAACGUUCCGCGCUGGGACCUGGAACGUCUGCUUCAGGCUGUACUCAAGACCCGCCUACUGGAUCGCGUUAGGCGAGCGAUGGAAGUUUGCAAAGUGUGCAAGGCCUUCACUGUCUGCUUGCAACACGCCAUGGAGGGCCAGUGCAAUUCUAGUACCGUCUGCGCCCGGACACAUCUCACGGCGUAUGAUCACCAGGCUUACCAGCUUCGGGUCUCCUUGCAUACCACGGUCAUCCGCAUUUAUCAGACUCUGAAUGGCAUCGAGGAAUGGCCAACGCGUCAAGAACAGCAGAGGUAUUGGCUAAUUCGCCUCAAGGAGUCUCUGCAUCCUCCCAUAACGAAGUUAGGAAGCCUCCUCAACACCGACGAUAGAACAAUAUCACCAGAAGCCUGCCAAGUCAUCUCAGCCUGGCUUUCCGAUGGCCUGUUUGCGUCAAAGCGGAAUCCACCAUAUUUCUUGAACGAUUUUUUCCGCUUCUCUGCAUUGGCAAAGUCACUUGCUGGAAGUUACGCCCCGGACUACAUCCAUCGCGCUCCGUGCAUCGCUAAUGCGACAGGCAGCUGGUUGCUGCGCGGAAAAGAACAAGUUGACAUCGUGCAGGACGCGUUGCGGUUCUUCACGAAGGCGCCACUUGCUUUGAGUAGCGCCAUUCUCAUGAUGAAGCAUAUUAUUGAGAAGGAGCUGCCAAUAGAGGUCGGGCUUCUCUGCGAUCUCUUAGAUACCUUGUGCGGCAUGCUCGUCGUUGCGAGGCGCCUCAAGCAAGGAGCCAGCGUCCAUACUCUGACGUUCCCCGGCAGCUGGUUCCUGCGGCUGCAAGAUGUCUUCGAUGGAUCCUGUCCAGAUGAUAUCAGACUUGGCUGGAUGUAUCUGAAAUCUGUUAAGCUUCUGCUGGAGCAGCUAUCCAACCAAGCAGGAUACCUGCGCCUGGGCUCGGGAGGCCCUCCGUUCGUGCUGCGGGACGUGUACAUCGCGCGGAUCUGCCAGAACGUUUGCUACCUCGGUUACAAUCUGUACGACGAGGCGCUACGGGUCGAGAUCCAGCAGGUUGUCACGUCCUUGCGACUCGCUCCUGGCAGAUACACGUUCCCGCACGCUUACAGGAGAUAUGCCACUGCACGAGACUGGGUAGACCUGAAGCGCGCAGUUCGGCAAAAUGCAUUGGGGGGUGCCGGUGAUCAGCUCAUCGAGCUUGUGGACGCGGCAAGAAACGCUUCACCUCCUCUCAUAUCUAUUCACCGCAUCAAAUAUCACAAACUUUCCGACAUCCCUGGUCUCUUGAGCGACUACCUGGCGUCAACAUCCCGUGGCUCUUCUACUCUCGCCAGCCAGCCCGACUCGCAGGCUACUUUCAAUGACGGCGCGACCAGAGAUGACAUCGAGGACGCUGCCGACCAGCACGAGCCUGAUGUGCAUCAGAACGGGGAACAAAGCCUGCUCGAUCCUACCGACCAACAAGAUCUCGAGCCUGUUGCAUUCACCAACGUCCAAAGCAAGGGAGCUGCGUCUUACUCCGAAGAAGACUUCGAGAAAGUCCGCAGAGCACUGGUCGUGUACCGAAACGCCCGUGUAUCGUCCAUGGCUCACCAGAAGAAUGUCGGAAGAACGUCAAUCCUCUUCGCUCGCGAAUGCAAGGCCUACCUAGCCGAAGCGGCGAACAUGAGCCGACAGAAGAGCAAGUUCCACGCCAGAACAUUCUCCUGGGCGUUCCCGCAUAUCGCUGCCGCCCUAAAAGGCAUAUUGCGGUCUCUCCGCGCUCAGAAAACCUCCGUCAAAAAGCAGCUCGUAGAUCAGAAGACGAGUCACUUGAAGCUGGACGAACUCAUGGGUGAUAUGACCACGCUGAAUAUGCUGAAUAAGACUGCAGACAAGCUCUCCAAGGCUAUCGAACCUUGCGCAAAUAUCCACAAGGUGCAGGACAGAUACCUGGAGAUGCUGUCGAAGCUAGCCAACGACGUUGAAGAGUUCAUUUCCCAGUCAGCCUUUCCUAUUGGCAUCGUGCAGGAGUGGAGAGACAUGAUGCAGGUCGGGAUCAACGGUAUUCGUGUUCAGAAAGUACCCGUAUGGCGGAAGAAGCCCGAGCUGGUGGUUGACGAUGAUCUGGAUCCCGGUGAAUAGGUGUCAGCGUCAGUACCAGCGCUUUACGAUGUAACUUGCCAACAUGCAACUAACUUGAGCGAUCAACAUGAAAUAUACCCGCUGAUGAGUUCAGUAAAGCAAGACUCGGAGUUGGCUAGAUUGGCCUAAGGUUGGCUGUCGGCC